AUGUAAUUGCUAUCGCUACAACAUUUUAGUGCCCGCAAACAUAUGUUUGAAUUUGAUAUCUAUAACUAAGUAAGAAAAUUUUGUUGGCAGAAAUUUAUUAAAGAAUGGAGCAGAUUUUUUUGGACAAGGAAAAUCCGGUAUCGUCGAUAUCCAUCAAAAAGAAUGCGUUGUCUAUUAAUAAUAGUAGCAUAAAACAAAAUGCCAGAAAAUUAGUUCUGGGAAAUCUGGAAAAUGUGAUGCAUCAAAAACAAACUCCAUUUAAAAGUGAUUCCAUAUCAUUCCCUAAGAGCGUUGCAAAAUUGCCACUUCAGAAUUUCCGUAGAAAUUAUGAUAAUGAACGUGGAGAAGCCGUUCUGAAAAUUACACCUAAUUACUUGGGCCUCUAUUCUUUAAAAAACGAAACAUGUUCCCAGAGUGCCUAUGAAAAUUUAUUUGAUUAUAUGGACUUUCCAAGUACGAAGUGCUUGAUUAAAUGCUGGAGACAGCCUUCAUAACUUAAAAAACGCAGUUUUAUGGUCGCUCGUUGGCAGAUCUUCCCUUUGUGCUGUGUCGUCUAAUUAGGGAUCCAGUGGUCUCAGUCCGUACCGGUCUCUCCAGAGGCGUGGUCGCCAGGCUGUCUAGAUCCUCGAAGAAUCCUCUUUCGAACAGCCGCAGAGGCGAGGCUUUACACUCUAUUUCAGAGGUUUGCAGCAUCCUAUGCACAGUGAAAAGGAAAGUGUUCUGAUGCUGCCGCGCACGUACACGCGUAACCCAGUUUGUUGCUGCUAACAUAAUGUUUCGUUUUCUUCUGCUGUCUACUUAUAAAAAAUGUGAAUAUUGGGUGCCGAUCCCUGCUCUAUUUCCUCCUCACCAUGCAACUGCGACAGAAGUCAUAUUGCGACUCCAAUCAAUGUUCGAAACUCGUUUUUGUAAAUGCACUUUUAUAACUUGUACGCGUGAGAAGAGACUCUCAGCGUUACGUCUUAACUCGCGUUUGACGCAAAAAUUGUAUUUUUUUGUUAGUUAUGACCGUCUCCAAGGAAAUUAUCAUUUAUGUGUACACAUAUAUA